GUCAGGGGUCGGGUGCGGCGGUUGCGUUUGUUUUGGGUGAUGAGUGCAGAGGUGGUCGCUGCUGCCGCCGGGUCACAACAGUGGACAUCAUGGCCAACCUGCCGCCCGGGGAUCCGAAGCUGGUGUCGCUGAUCGUCAACCACCUGAAGAGCCAGGGUCUGUUCGAUCAGUUCCGCAGAGACUGCCUGGCUGAUGUGGACACGAAGCCUGCCUACCAAAAUCUGAGACAGCGGGUUGACAAUUUCGUGUCCAACCACCUGGCAAACCACACGUGGAGUCCUCAUCUGAACAAGAACCAGCUGAGGAAUAACAUCAGGCAGCAGGUGCUCAAGUCGGGAAUGCUUGAGUCUGGCAUUGACCGCAUUAUAUCCCAAGUUGUGGACCCAAAGAUAAAUCACACCUUCAGACCUCAAGUGGAAAAAGUUGUACAAGAUUUUUUGGCCACGCUAAACAACAAAGAAGAUGCAAAUGUGAAUCACGAACAAGUGGAAGAGAAAACGGAGUCGUCUCUCGCCAUCACUGGUUCUGCAUCUAUGGUUGGACCCAGCACCAGUGUCGCUAAUGACGCAAUGUCCAUUUUGGAAACCAUAAGUUCCUUGAAUCAAGAGGCCACGGCUGCCUGGGCCUUGUCGGAGAAUUGUAAUCCUAAAAACCCUGACAAAAUGUCGAGAAAAGCCCCUCCACAGCAGACCUUUGAGGUUUCCACAGAAGAGGCUCUGGAGAACGACAAGCCCGCUCCUGAAGGGCCAAGUGAAAGUAGUGUGGAGCCGCUUAUCAAGGCAGAAGAGAUGAAUGACAUCUUGCCUCCAGCCGAGGACAUUAAAAAUUCAGUUAAUGAAGCAAUUAGCUCCACGCCGAGCAAAGACACUCCAAACGACACUGACGAGCAGAGAGUGAAAUCUGUUGAAAGAGUGGAGAAGAAAAUUGAGGUCACUGAGAAAUCGGACCGGAAGGAGGAGAAUAAAGAAAUUAGGACAGAAAAGAGGAACGAACACGUGAAGCGGAGCGAUGGCACCACGAGACAGAAGGAAGAGAAGUCCGGGAAGGAGAAGGAAGGGGACACCGAACCUGCUAAAUCCAGCAAUGCCGAAAAGAGUAGCAGCAAGCAAAGAGCUGCGGACUCUGUGAAGGAAGAAUGUGCCUUACCUGAUUCUGACACGGAUGCUUUUUCGGAUGUGACGGUCAGCUCUGUGCACACCAGUGACUUAUCCUCAUUUGAAGAAGACAGUGAUGAAGAAGAUGCUGUGUCGGAAAGUACAGAAGAGGGCGAAAUUACUUCAGAUGAUGAAGAGGUCAAGCUAGACCCCGAGAAUAAAGCCAAGUUGUCCGGUGAACCCGGGGAAACCAAGACCAAAGGCACCCGGCACGCCUACGUUCAUAAGCCGUUCCUGUACUCCAAAUACUACAGCGAUUCAGAUGAUGAACUGACCGUAGAACAGCGCCGGCAGUCUGUGGCCAAGGAGAAGGAAGAGCGGCUGUUACGGAGACGAUUAAAGAGGGAGAGACUGGAAGAAAAGCGCAAACAGAAGGCCUUGGAGAAGAGCAAGGCUUUGAAAAUGAAGAAUCCUGGAGGAACAAGCGCUACCGAUAAACCUUCCAAAGAUCUGAAGUCAAAGUCCAGCAGCAUAAAAGAAGUGCUCAAAGAACAGAUGUUUUUAGAGAAAAAAGUUGCACUGAGCAGGAAAAAGAAGAGUGAACUGAGAACUGAUCCUACCAGCAGUCUGAAGUUAAAGAGUGAACUUCACGAUGAAGAUUCAAGGGAUACACAAAAGUCGAAUGAGUCACUGGACAGAUCUUCCUCAUCCACAAGAGAACCCAAGUCUAAUACAAGGACUGAUGCUAGCAAAGCAUCGAGAAAACUGCAAGAACCCACCGAGCAUAGUAAAAAUGAUUCAAGAGGAGACAAAGAGUUUAAGAAGAAAACAACAUUUUUAGAAAAAAUGCAAGAGAAUGAAACAUCAGAUACUAGGAAACAUGUAGAGAGAUUAGACUCCACUUCUGAGGAUUAUCCAAAGCCUAAAAAUGUAAGCAAAUCUGAAAAACAUACAAAAAAGGAUAGUAAUGAAGGAGAUCCACAGAAUGCCAAGAGCACUUUAAGGAAGGAAUCAAAGCCUCCUAAGCAUGAGCGUGAGAGGACUUACUCAGAGGAGCGUAUAUCCUCAAAGCAUAGACACAAGUCGGAUGGUAUACAUAGACCAGCAACAGAUGAGUCGGAUUCUCAAAAAUCUAAGAGGACUUCAAAAGAGGAAGAACAGUUGAGUAAGCACAAUCAAAGUAAAUCAAGUUCAGAGGAGCGAAACGAUCGGAAAAAUAAGCAAAAAACCGAUGGAAAGUCUUCGUCAUCCAGCAAAGAUGAGAGAUCAUCUGAUCAUUCAAGCAAAAUAGAUGGAAUUAAAAGAGAGAGACAUGGGUCCACUGAAAAGUCCAGACCUGAGAACCGGAAUAAGAGAUUAGCUGGUGAUUCAAGACAACACAGAGAAUUGAAAAGGUCACACAGUUCAUCAGAGAAAAAAUCCAAGUCUUCACCUGUUGAUAAGAAUGAAGCUGAUUCUGCUAACUCUGAUAAUUCCAGGCAGGAUGAAAGUGUUAAAGACAAAAGGAGAACCCACAGUUCUUCUGAAGAAAAGACUCAUGCCAAAGCAAAGUUUAAAAGCAGUAGUAAAUCACCUAAACAGAAUGACCAGGAAGAUGCAAACCAAAAGAGUGAAAAAGAGAGGAUUGUGGUGGAAGGAUCCACAGAGAAGUAUCAAAAAUCGAAAUCUGAAGAUAAAGAAGAUGAGCGAAAGGAAAAUCCUGUUCCUCAGAGUUCAAGCAGCACAGCAAAAGAUGCCAGUCACAAGUCCAAACAUAGCGAUAAAUCGAAGGAAAGGGCUCGGCCGGACAGCAAGGAUCGUGACUCGCCUAAGGUGGAUAAGAAAUAUUCUGGUGAAAUCUCGAAAGCAAAGCAUAGUCAUAAGGAUGAGAGGCGAAAGAGUGAAGGUGGCAAAUUGGAAGAACGAUCCUCUAAGUAUACAGAAGAAAAGAAACUCCAAGACCGUUCAAGCAGCUCAGAUCGGAAGUCAAGUAAAAAGUCUGUGUCUGAGCAUAGAAGUGAAAGCUUUAAAGGCAGCAGUACUAAAAAGGGAUUGAAAUUAGACAACGAAACUGACACUCAAAGUAUUGCUACAGGCAGCGAGCCAAAAGAUGUUGAACGACAAAGAGAGAACAAAAAGGCUGGGAAAACACAAACGGAGAGCACCGAAAAGGCCAAUAAUGAAGCUGCAGAAUCCAUACUAAGUCUUGGGAACUCGAGCUUUUAUUCUGUCACAGAAGCUACUACCUCAAAGAAAUCGAUCAUGCUCAAACCCAAGACAAAACAUGGAAGCAGUGAUUCAAGGGAUAGUAGUGGUGCCAUUAAAACUAUGACUGCUUCAUUACAAAAUACAGCUUCUAAUGACUCCAGUACAUCAUCUGAACCAUCUGUAGACAAUAGUGAACGUAAUAAAAUGAACCUGCUAAGUUCACAAAACCCUGUUGCUAUCCAAAGUGAGAAUGAUGCAGGAAUCCCAGCCAAGAAAUCAAGGAAUCCAGGUUAUGAAAUUGGUGUCAGAAGUCACUUGCAACCUAGAGAGUUAGAAAAUUCUGCUCAGGGGCAAAGUGAAUCUGCUUCCGAACCCAGUAAUAUUGACAACUCCAGUCUGUCUCCUGAUGACGUGUACUCUGAAAUUACAGAUUCCAAUGAUGGGGAGAUUUCCACAAGUGACCUUGCUGAAGAGGAUGGAAAAUGCACGAAAGACGGGAUUAAGAAGGAAAAUGCAACCAUUUCAGUUCAGAUUGAUUCUUUGGAACAUGAUAAUCUUGUCACUGGUAAUAAUGUAGAAAGGGAAGCAUCUGCUAUGGAUAUUGAUACAUCCGAAAUUGAAAGUUUUGAGGGAUCUAAUGCAGUGGAAGAAGGUUCUGCAGUUGUCCAAAGUGGUUCCUGUUCUGUGAACGUGACUUGCACAGAAAGAAAUGUAGGAAGUAGCAUAAUGGAAGCAAUCUGGGGUCAGGGUGGUAGCAAUAUCUCUGUACUUUCUGGGACUGAUAAUCAACGUGUAAAGGAAAUCGAAUGUGAAGAUGCUGCUACUUCAUCCAGCUCUGUUAUAGAAACGACCAACGAAAUAAGGCUUCUUGGUGAAGAUAUGGCCACUUCUUCCAAUACCACAAUGGAUAAUAGAACUGAUAAAAUCUGCAUGGAAGUGACAGUAAACCUUGAUAAUAGCAGGGGAUAUACUUCUUCAGCUUCUGCCGAUGGUAACUUUGUAGAAGAUGACGGGGAUUUUACUAUGUUAUCAGAAAAUAGCUUUGAAGAUGCAACUACCACUUCAAGCACAGAUAGAAACCCAUUCCAUGACAACACAGAAAGUUCUGAAACAUGCUCACAAAGUACCAGUGAUAAUCUCCCCGAACAAGUGAGUAUCAUUACCUUUAAGCCUGCAACAUCCAGUGCCAUUAGAGAAUCUACAGAAAGUACUCAAGAGAAUGCAGCCUCCUCAUCGAACAAUGCUGAAGGUUCUCCUGCUUUAAGAGAAUCACGUAAUGAUAGCCAGACAGCAACAUCUUCUGACACCACUUCUGAGGGUACAGAGAGUCCCAUUGCACAUAUAGCAACAUCUUCAGAAAGUUACUUUGUGCCUGCCAUUUCUGAAAAUAUAACCACACAAGCAGCAACCUCUUCCGUCACUGCAGCAGAGAUUGAUGGCGGUCGUGGGAUGUCGGAAAGGCACACAGCCACCUCUUCAAGUAGUGUGGUCAAUAGUAGUAGGGGGUUGAACUUUGAAGUCUCUCUGGUCUCAUCUGAAAUAGAUGGCGAACAUGUUGCAGCAUCAUCCAGUAAUUUAUUGGAUAACAGUAUGACUGAUGACUGUUUAGAAAGAGAGAGCGAUAGUGCGGCAAGUUCUUCCAGUAAUACCCGCAGAAGUAACCAUACGUUUGGUAAUGCCGAGGAGAGCAAAAAUACACGGGCCACAUCAAGCACAGAGCAAGAUGGUAUGAGUGACACAUGUACAAACUUCAUCUCUUCUGGAACUCCCAAAGAGUAUCCGGGAAACUCAUCAGAUCUUGCCAUGGACAGUAGUACUGAAGUGUUCAUAGGAAGAGACUUGUACUCUGGAAGCACCUCAAGCUGUUCUAGUAGUGGAGGAGGUCAAAGCAACAAGUUUAAGGAACAAAGUAAGGAUAACACAGCAUCUUCAAGCAGUGGAGAUCCUUCGGUUCGAAGACAGACUUCUGAGGAGGCAGCAUCUUCUUCAAGCUCUUUCAGGCAAAGUAUUACAAAUCAUCCAGCCACAUUAACCUCCGAAAACACAGAAGCUACAGCAUCUUCAAGCGUUGCAGUGAACAUCAGUUCUGAUCGUUUUGACAGAUCUUCUCCUGGAAAUAGUUCUGAUACUACAGCCACUUCAUCGAGCAACUCAACUAGGAAUGUUGCCAGCUUAGACUUGUAUCCCAGUGCUCAACCUACGGCAUCUUCAAGUGUCGCAAUGGACAGCAGUACAGAAGAAGACUUAAGCAUGAGAUGUGCUAUGGACUUAGAUAGGGGUACAGGUACUGCAACGUCUUCUGAUGUUUUGAACAUGUUACGUACAGAAGACACAGUAAGAAAUGAUGAAGUACCGGCAUCGUCAAGCACAGUGGCUUCAGAUAUGAUUAAAGAGAAUGUUGAAAGCGCCUUUGUAGAUAAGGCAAAUGAACAGACAGCUACAUCCAGCGAUAUGAUGGAUAGCAGCAUAGAAGAUGACAAAUCGUGUGCUGUUAUUUCCAACAAUGCUUAUUCAUCAACAUCCAUAAAUAAAGAUUCUUGUGGAAUUAAAGAUGGAAAUGUUAAUAGUGAAGCUACAGCCGCUAGUUCGAGCAAUGCUAUGGAAUCUUCUUUUGAUGAGAAUAAUGCCACAUCAUCAGAUUACUUCAUGAGCAGUAGGUUAGAAGCAGAGAAACAGGAUUUGGGUCCAAGCAGGAAUGAUGAAGCAGCCAGUUCUUCAAGCUUUAAUGAUGGUAUAGUCCGAGAAAUCCAAACAGAAGCAUCCAUCAACAGACCUGUUGUCGAUGAUGCAACUACGUCUUCCAGCACGGAAAGAGAGCAUGAUAUUUGUGAAAGAGAUGGAAAUGUAGGGAGUGAAACCGGCUGUGAAACUUUACAAAUGUCAGUGGAAUCAAGCUUUGACGAUAACCACAGCAACACUGCCAUUUCUGGUACUUCAGAAGAAGUUGCAGUUUAUCUGUCAGGAGCAGAUGCUAACAAUGAUUCAGGAUGCAUUGAGGCAAGCUCUGAGGAUGGAGAGAAUGAUGUAACCUAUGAAAAAGAGGAUGCUGUAAGCAGUGCAAGCUCUGAAGAGCAAAAACAUGUCUGCAGUGUAUCUAGACAGCUCGGAGACAGAGAAACUGAUGGUGUGGUAACAAGUGCCAGUACUGGAGCAAGAGUGUCAUCUGGUAAUAGAGGCAGUUCUGAAGCUUAUGGUCAUGUUACUUGUGUAGACAAAGCCAGUUUUGAUACAGGCAGUAUUACAGCUUACUGUCCUGUAGAAGUGGCAGUUUCUCAUACAAAUGAUUUUGAUAUAAAUGAACGUCAGGAAUCUGAGGCAUUUGCUGAUAACAGAGAUGCUGAAGAUCCUGACAGAAAUGCAUCCGCUGAGAGUGUACAGUUUGAGGACAUUGCUAAUGUCCCAACGGAGCAUGAUGUUUCUAGACCAGAUAACCAACCUGUAUUGGAAGAAGGUGAAGGUGCUGUCACCAGUACAGGCAUUUCUGAAGAAAAUGAUGGUGUAAAGCAAGAUAACAAUGCCUGCUGUGCCACAGAAGGCACUGAAAGCAGUAGUAUCAUGAGCAGACCUGCAAGCAUAGAUUCCAGAGUUACUACAGAAGAUGAUGAAAGUGCCAUUACAAGUACUGGUGCUAAAGAAGAUGAAGAAGAGGGGGAAGGGUUUGUCACAAGUACUGGAACUGCAAGUGAAGAUUCAUCUUUUUCAAUUUCUGUAGAUCGUAAUUCCAGUAAUUUAAUACAUACUGCAGAACACCCAAGAAAUAUCAUGAACAGUAGGGUUGAAGAAGAGGCAGUGGAACAGCUUGAGGUUGACACAGCAGCAGAGGGGCAGAUAGUGGAAGAACGGGGUAUGGAAGAGGCAGUGGUGGAGGAAAUGGAUGUGGAAGAGGCAGUAGCGGAGGAACGGGCUGUAGAAGAGGCAGUAGCGGAGGAACGGGCUGUAGAAGAGGCAGUAGCGGAGGAACGGGCUGUGGAAGAGGCAGUAGCGGAGGAACGGGCUGUGGAAGAGGCAGUAGCGGAGGAACGGGCUGUGGAGGAGGCAGUAGCGGAGGAACGGGCUGUGGAGGAGGCAGUAGCGGAGGAACGGGCUGUGGAGGAGGCAGUAGCGGAGGAACGGGCUGUGGAGGAGGCAGUAGCGGAGGAACGGGCUGUGGAGGAGGCAGUAGCGGAGGAACGGGCUGUGGAGGAGGCAGUAGCGGAGGAACGGGCUGUGGAGGAGGCAGUAGCGGAGGAACGGGCUGUGGAGGAGGCAGUAGCGGAGGAACGGGCUGUGGAGGAGGCAGUAGCGGAGGAGACGGGCUGUGGAGGAGGCAGUAGCGGAGGAGGAGCGGGCUGUGGAGGAGGCAGUAGCGGAGGAGGAGCGGGCUGUGGAGGAGGCAGUAGCGGGGAGGAGCGGGCUGUGGAGGAGGCAGUAGCGGAGGAGGAGCGGGCUGUGGAGGAGGCAGUAGCGGAGGAGGAGCGGGCUGUGGAGGAGGCAGUAGCGGAGGAGGAGCGGGCUGUGGAGGAGGCAGUAGCGGAGGAGGAGCGGGCUGUGGAGGAGGCAGUAGCGGAGGAGGAGCGGGCUGUGGAGGAGGCAGUAGCGGAGGAGGAGCGGGCUGUGGAGGAGGCAGUAGCGGAGGAGGAGCGGGCUGUGGAGGAGGCAGUAGUGGAGGAGGCAGUAGCGGAGGAACGGGCUGUGGAGGAGGCAGUAGCGGAGGAACGGGCUGUGGAGGAGGCAGUAGCGGAGGAGGAGCGGGCUGUGGAAGAGGCAGUGGUGGAGGAACGGGCUGAGCGAGAGGCAGUGGUGGAGGAACGGGCUGAGCGAGAGGCAGUGGUGGAGGAACGGGCUGAGCGAGAGGCAGUGGUGGAGGAACGGGCUGAGCAGGCUGUACAAGAGGCGGUGGUGGAGAAUACAGUGGCUGAGGAACAUGUUGUGGAUGAGGCAAUGGCAGAGGAGGAUACGGUGGCUGAGGAACAUGUUGUGGAUGAGGCAAUGGCAGAGGAGCAUGUUGCAGAAGAGGCUGUGGCAGAGGAACAGGUUGCGGAGGAAGCAAUGGUGAAGGCAGGCGUUGAGAAAGGGGCAGUGGUGGAGGAACAUGUUGAAGAAGAGGCUGUGGCAGAGGAACAGGUUGCGGAGGAAGCAAUGGUGAAGGCAGGCGUUGAGAAAGGGGCAGUGGUGGAGGAACAUGUUGAAGAAGAGGCUGUGGCAGAGGAACAGGUUGCGGAGGAAGCAAUGGUGAAGGCAGGCGUUGAGAAAGGGGCAGUGGUGGAGGAACAUGUUGAAGAAGAGGCUGUGGCAGAGGAACAGGUUGGGGAGGAAGCAAUGGUGAAGGCAGGCGUUGAGAAAGGGGCAGUGGUGGAGGAACGUGUUGAAGAGGCUGUGGCAGAGGAACAGGUUGCGGAGGAAGCAAUGGUGAAGGCAGGCGUUGAGAAAGGGGCAGUGGUGGAGGAACAUGUUGAAGAAGAGGCUGUGGCAGAGGUUGAAGUAAAAAAAGAUUGUGGAGUAUUUCAAGGUGUUAUAAAUUUCAGUAUCGCACCGGUGAGAUCAUUGAGUAGAACUUCCGAAAAUGAAUGUAUUUCUUCAGUGAAGAGUGCAAUUGUUGCUGAUCGUUCUGCACUGGAGUCCUUAACACGUGGUGCUGCAGAGAUUUCUGAGGAGAAACUUGAUGAUUUAAACACUGAAUACCAAUGUACCAGUGACUUGGACGCUAGUGCUUCAAUUGAGUCUCAAGGUUCUCUUACAGAGAGCCCUAGUGAAGCAAGCAAUACCUUUUUCGACGGUCAGACAUCUCAUACUGAUAAAGUUGCACAUCACCUGUUUGAAGAAGGAAAUAUGCUUCACACAGCAUUGUCAGAAGAGUGUUUAGAAGAUGGCAAAGUGCACAUUCUUUCUACGGACAACAGUGAAAAUGCUCCUGUUAACAUAUCUGAUGGGGGGAAAUCCUCAAACUCUGAUGAAGAUGUUCCUUCAGAACCCAGCCAGGGUAUGGUGUCUGAACACGUGAUGACUGAUGAGUCCAGCAACAAAGUCGUAGAGUCUGAGGAAACUCCUCAGACAAAUGAAGACAAUAAUAAGCAAGCAAAAGAGUGCCACAACACUACCUCAGCUGAUGCCCAUGAAAACCAAAUAUCAGUACUUGCGUCGGAACCCAUCAUAGAGCGUGUACAGUCUGCACAGGACGGCGACUCUCGUGCUCCAGAACUUGGUGACAAAGUCAAACCCGGUUCAGAGAUGGAUGGGCCGAAAGAACCUGACAGUAUUACCACGCAUGAAGACCCUGCCAAAACAAGUGAGGAGAAAGAGUUAAAGGAAGAGGGGAAAGCUGAGGGAACCCAACCAGACCCCAAUACUGGUAAAGUGGAAUCUCCGCCUGCUGCUCAACCUGAAAAAAGAAAAAGGGGCAGGCCCCCAAAGAGGCGUACCCUGCUUCUAGCCAUGGCCAAGCAGGCUGAAGAGGCCGCAGCGGCUGCAGCAAAGCAGUCUUCAGAAGCACAGCGCCCUCUAGAGGAAAAGGAUAAAUCUGACAAGAAUGACAAAGGGGAUAAAGAUGUUUCCAGCCCUAAGAAGAAUGAAAGCGACCCUAAAAUAUCUCAAGAGAGCAGCUCAGACAGAAGUCCAGCGCCUGUGUCCAGGAGAGGAAGGAAGAGCAAACGUUCACUAAGUUCUUCUGAGACAGACUGUUCAGAACCAGAAAGAAAGCGUAAGAAGUCAGAAUGUGUCGAGGAAGAGGAAGACGAAGAUGAUGAUGAUGAGGACAGUGAAGACGAGGAAGAUGGUCAACAAGGAGCAACAACCCGAGCAGCCUCUCGUCUAGAAGCACAGAGGAAACUGCCCCACAAGCCAACAACUCGAGCAGCGUCCAAGUUAAGCAGUCCUGAGAAAUCUUCCCCUGCAGCGAGACGGCGUAAAGCGGUAUCAUCGGAGUCCAAGACUGGCAAGGUAUCACCAGAGUCCAAGGCUGGCAAAAACACACAGAAUCGAUCCACUCCACCCCAAGCAAGUGGAGCAAAGAGACGAAGGGAAGCCAGCCCGUCGACGCCAAGAUCGCGAGGUCAACACACGUCAGACGAAACUGCAGCAAAAAGAAUAAAGCGCCAAUAACUGUAUAAAGUUCAUGUUUUUGUAUUAUUGUAUUCUAAUUUAAUACUCUGUGUAAAAAGUCCAUUGUUGGAAAGGUGCUUAGACAUGUAAAUGAAUACACAAUGAUGGCAUCAGACUACGGGGCACACAUUUUUCCAAUUUAUUUGUGAGCAGAGACUCUGACAUUUGGGUUCAUGGACUGUACAGAUACGUCCUCCCCAGUGUUCUGCAAUAUACUGUACAGAUCUGUAACAUAUGGGCUGAGAGAUUAUACAUAGAUCCUUUCUCUUUCUUAAUUCACCUUUCUUGCCUGUCUACCAUUAUUUCAUGGACUAUUAUAUAGCCGACAUCAGCUGUUCUGUAAGUGACCCCCCUGGUGUUGGCACGUUCUCACAUGUCGUAGAAACGUGCAGAUUUUCUUUGUUUCAUGGGGGGGUGGCUUUGUGGACCAGAAAAACAGUGAAAAGAUCGGAGCUGCGAUACCAGGCACAACCCGUGGAGAAGAGAUUGUAUUUUCUAAUUGUUGAUAACUAAACCCACCUAUUGCUUGAAGACUGGGCCCCAAUGCACUUGUUUAGCACCGUCCCUCUUCAGCCAUAGUGACAGAGCAGAGUGCCAGAGGCCCCUUCAUUUGGGGGCCCAAACUCUCACUUGUGCCUAUGUUAUGGUAAGAGUUUGUGAAAACCAGAGGGUUAUCCAGACCUCGCUCCCACCCAAUCCAGCAUAGACGUGGGCGUGACAGUGGUCUGAUGUAGGCAGUGGCUAUGUACACCUUCGGGGGCAAUUUUUUAACGUUUUCAUUUUACAAAUUUUGGGCUAAAAAUAAAUAUUUUGUUUGGUCUUUAUUAAAAACAUUGAGCCGUUCUGUCACAAAGGGUUAACUGUUUUCUAGCUGUGUGACUGGUACUUUCACUUUGUGCCAGUCUAAUAACCCAAAUCUCUAAAUUAUCAGUAAGUUAAGGAUUGAGUGUUUUUCGGAGGUCACAGAUAAGGAGCCCAUCAGCUCCCUGCCUGACAGAACAGAGAGAAAACGCAGAUCCUCCUAGUAGAUAAACUCAAAGCUGUGCAGGGAAAACGGCUCAUCAUUUUUAAUAAAGACCAAUUGAAAAAAAUGCUUUUUUUUUUUUUGUGCUCAAAAUAAGUACAAUACAAUAAUAAAGAAAAAUGCAACCAAUGGUGUACAUAUCCUUUAAGGCUUGUUAAUAACUAAAUUGUAUUUGCAGGCUAAAAAAAAUGCAAUGCUUGUUUUGGAUUCAAAGGUGUUCAAACAGUGCCACUAGUGUUCAUAGGCUGUAUCUGGUAUUGCAGUGCACCCCUUAUCAAAUGACUAUACUAGACACAAUUUGUGGACCUAAGAGUCAAGCAAGCAGCAAUGUGUCUUUAUUGCCAUACAAUCUCUUAAAGGGCCUUUCCAUAUUAUUAUGUCUGACAGAUAUUAGACUGUUGGGGGGUGGGAACUAGGAUUGCACCAUUGUCCAAACUGAACUGGCCCUAUAGUCAUCUGUCCUGAAGUCCGUUCAUUCGGGUCCUAGCUUCCUGACCCCACGUUCUGAUGUCUGAUGCUCAUGGCCACCCCUGUGGUUGAGACCCCUUAUGCUGAUGAAUUCUAUAUAAUUUUGUGACUACAUUUUCUAACUGCCUUCAUUGUAAAUAUACAGUCUUUAUUGAAAUAGUCCAAUUUUUUUUUUUUUUAGUGGUUAGAUAUUUUUGAACAUCAAUAGGAACCAAUCCAACCAAAUCUGCUUCUGCUGAAAGCCCAACCUUCCAGUGCUUCUUAUUCCUUUGAAUUUGUACAUAUUUUUCUCUCCUGUUAACACCUGUAUAGUCUGUUCUUUAUCACAUGGCCUCUGUAAAUUUCCUGUUACCCGAUGACCAUAGUUUAACGGCAGUUACUCGUUUCAGUAUUUUAAUCUUUAAAGAGUAGUCGCCUCUUCUGACAUGUCUGUUUUAGUAAAUGUACUCCAGGUGAAAUGACCAUUCUGGAGCAUCUUUCUUAUAACUGUGUUGUUCCUCUAUUAUUCCUACUAAAUGUUUAUGAAUACAUUGGCAAAGUUGCUUCCAGCUGGGUUUCUGUCACUGCGCCAUCCAAUUUGUGCUGUCCAAUCAGCGCUGGCAGUCAGACCAUACAGGUACAUAGUGGUAAUAUCCUGUUGGCAAUUUAUUCAUGAAUAUAGUAGGGGUAACAGAGAAAUGGCACAAUCUGCAGUAAUAAAGAUGCUCCAGAAUUGUUAUUUCAUGCAAGUAUUUAGGCUACUUUCAAAUCUCCAGUGAAAAUAUCCGUCAGCCAUUGCCAGAUUCUACGGUUCUCCGCUGGAUCCCCAUUGACAAUAAUGGAAUCCAGAGGUGAUCUGGCCACUGGGCAAAUACCGUUGCACGCAGCGUUUGUCCUGCAAGCAGCCGACAUUUCUGCCAGAACAUCCCAUCGUAUCAGACAUGCUGGAGGUAUGAAAGUAACCAUACUAAACCAAACAUCUCAGGAGAGGUGACAGCUCCUCUAAUGGGUAUUUCUGAGAUGUAAAAUUGAUGGCAUUUCCAACUGUUGGAACCACCAAUGAUCAUCAGAAUGAUGAGACUUAAAGGCGUUGUCCCAUGUGGCACUAGGGAGAUGCUAUAAAUGUCAGAUGCGAAUGCCACCUUUUAUCUCCAGAAUGGAAUCCUGAAGUGAAGGAAGAGGAAGCUGGGCAUGCGGUGCCACCCUCCAUUCACCGCUAUAGUUCUGAAAAUUGCCCGGCUCUUUGUGGAAGUCCCAUAGCAGUGAAUUGAGCGUAUACCUGACAUGGCCGGUGUUCCAUCUGUUCACCUCAGGGGCCUCUGGAGACCUGCUCCUGUCUGACCUUUACAGAAUAUUCUAUCCUUUUGGACUUGUAUCGGACAGAACACCCACGAGCUGCUACUGCUUCUGGAUCGGAGUGUUGCUGUCUGAAAAGUGCAAUGGGGGAACAACAAUACGUCUCUUCAUUUUGGUGAUCGUGAGGUCCCAGUGGUUGAACCCCUUCCAUUAUCAACAUGUUAAAUCUUAGAAAACCCCUUUUAUAGGCGACGGCCAGGCUAAUGAUUAGCGUUGUUACAGCAUUUUUUUUUUUUUUAUUGCCUUUUGUGUAUUAUUUAUGACUUAUGUUGUUGGGCUUUUGUUUUCUUUGUACAGUUGAGAUUUUCUGUGAAAAAAAGAAUCCUUUCUUAAUUUCAGUUUUUUUUGUUUUGUUUUUUUUUUACAUAAAUUAUAGACUGGUUCCAAACGGA